AUGGAGAAAAUCGCAGCCCCAAGAACCAAGAUCGGGCCUAACACAAAUACAGGUGUCUACUCCGUGUGCCUCACUGCUUCCCCUCUCCUCUCUCCACGCCUUGAGUGGAUCGUGCAAUCAAAAUGGACCUUGUUUUGGGCCCCCGUACCCAGAACAGCGAAUCUAGUCACGGCCGCCCCAGAUGGAUCGUCCAUGUGGGCCCAUCUAAGAGCCCCAGAUCCAAUGAUGAAUCUCAGGAAUCUGAUCCUCGCCAGUGGCAGACCUGACGGCUGA